AUGACCGAAGACGGCGCAAGCGGGUCAACAUCAUUUAUGACAGUUCCUGUCCAGGUCAUGAACGGGGCACAUUCCGCCAUGGCGAAUGUGCUACUGGACUCUGGCUCGAGCUGCAGCUAUGUGUCAGAGCAGCUCGCAAGGCGAAUACAUCUUCAAGAUAACGACAAGGACGUGAGUGUGACCGUACUAGGUGGCAAGGUUCUGCGCGGCCGACGGCGCUUCGUGAAGCUGCACCUUCGCCACCAUGAUAGCAAGGCCACUACUCAACUGGAGGCCUAUGUGAUGCCCAAGAUCACGAGCCAGCUCCCUGUCACCAAUUGGAAUGCCGUGCGGAGCCAGUGGCCACACCUAUCCGACAUUGAGUUUGCAACUCUAGCUCACGCCAAGGUUGACAUACUCGUCGACUUGAAUGCCUCUGUACUUCACGUCGCACAGGAGCGAGUUGGCAACGACGGCGAUUACAUCGCUGGACGAACGCUUCUCGGCUGGGUUUGCUUUGGUCCCAGCAUACGCUCCAAAGGCCCCAGCAGUCACAGCACUUUCCAUGUCGCAGAGGCAACGCGCUCAGGACUGGACACACUGGUGAAGAAGUUUUGGGAACUUAGAUCAGUCGGGAUGGAGACAUCAGAUGAGUACUUGACACCGGAUGAGCGCCAAGCUGAGAGUAACACCCGCCAGUACAUCUGUCACGUGAAUGGGCGCUUCGAGGUCGCCAUCCCGUGGAAGACAGAGGAGCCACCUGGGGUCAAGAGCAAUCGAGUUCAAGCUGAGUGUCGACUCAGAUCCUUAGUACGUUCCCUGCAGCGACAGCCAGUUGUACAAGUCCGCUACGCCAAGGUACUGGAGAACUACCUUCACAAGUCGUACAUCAGGAUGCUGACAGCACAGGAAAAAUGCAGCGGUGCUACAGACGAGUGGCUACUUCCACACUUCCCUGUCGUGCGAGAGGACAAGGCCACCACCAAAGUCCGUGUCGUCUUCGACGCUGCUGCUCAGUUCAAUGGAAGCAGCAUCAAUGACCACAUGCUGGCAGGGCCCAAGCUCCAGAACGACCUUGUGAAGGUCCUCAUCCGUUUCUGUGAGCACCCCAUCGCACUGAUCGCCGACAUGUCGGAGUUGUUUUUGCAGGUCGGCCUGAGACCUGAGGACCGGCGCUACCACUGCUUCCCAUGGUUCGUGGAUGACGAUAUACGUGUGUUCGAGUUCACUCGCCUCGCCUUCGGCAUUAAGGCGUCGCCAUACCUGGCCGGACGGGCGCUUCUAGAGACGGCUGAGAAGUUUGGCAAUCAGUUCGACACGGAGACGUGUAGCACCAUCCGCCAGUCCUUCUACGUAGACGACAUGCUUAGGUCGCUACCAACUGAGCAACAGGCGAUCCGGGUACAGGACCAGCUCCAACGUCUGUUAAGUAUGGGCGGCUUUCACCUACGCAAGUGGAUGCCGAAUAGCCCGGUGGUCAUGCAGUCCAUUCCUGAAGAAGACCGAGCAUUGGACAUCGCGAAGACCUUCACUGUGCAGGAUGGGUCCGCCCCUGUCACGCUUACCAAACGUGGCGUUCUCAGCUGCAUGGCCUCACCAUUUGAUCCCAGAGGCCAGAUUGCACCGUUUACGAUUUUCAGCAAGAUCAUGUUCCAGGAGCUGUGCCUUGCCGGAAACGGAUGGGACGACACACUGACCGUUCACCAACGUGAGUCAUGGCUCAAAUGGUUCGGUGAGUUUGAGCAGUUGUCCGCGCUAAGGAUUAGACGGUGUUUCAGGGAAGCUGGAGCAACCAAUGAUGUCACAAUCCAUGUGUUGACCGACGCAUCAGAGCUGGCAUACGCAACAGCAGUGUAUGUACGGGUCAGCAACGCCGACGGAACCGCAACCGUGACUCUUGCACUCGCCAAGGCCAGACCUGUGCCGAUCAAGCGCCGUACCAUCCCGCUACUAGAACUGCAAGGAGCUGUCCUGGGCUCGCGGCUGGGUGAGUUUGUUUGCAAGACCCUCGGCAUUGCGACAUCUGAUGUCUACUACUGGACGGACUCGAUGAACGUGCUGUAUUGGGUCAGGUCGCCCAGCCGUAGGUUCAAGAUAGAGGUCGGGAAUCGUGUUUCAGAAAUUCAGCAGCUGACCAUGACCGGCAACUGGCACCACGUCCCCGGCAAGCUCAACCCUGCUGACUUUCCUACGCGCGGACUAACGGCAGAGCAGCUAGUCGACGAGUCGAGUUGGUGGGAAGGCCCACCAUAUCUGCGGGAGCCACCUUCGCAGUGGCCGCAGAGGCAGAUUAUCGUGCCACAGGUGCUACCAAGUCAACUGAAGGCUCGCUGCACCAAGGAAUCUGAUGCCCUACUAACUGAGGCACAGGUCCCUGUUGCCACCGCUGAGUCCCGUACCGAGCUGGUGCCCGAACUGUCGGCAGAAGAGUUACAGGGCGCGGAGCGCCACUGGAUUCGUGUCAGUCAACGAGAAGUCUAUCCUGUUGUUGUUGCGACCCUGGAGAAGGGUCACGAGCUGCCACCUAGUGCGCCGCUUCUGAAGCUUCGGCCGUUCCUAGAUGACGAGAAUGGAGAUCGGCUGUUGCGCGUCGGCGGUCGACUCCGAACCGCGCAUCAUUUGUCAUCGGAGUUCCGUUCACCGGUCAUCCUUCCACCGCGUCAUCACGUGACGGAACUCAUCAUCCAGCAUGAAGACCGGCGCUGUCGACACAGCGUGGGUACUAAUCACCUCCUGGCCAACCUCGCAGAUGGCUACUGGUUGAUAAAGGGAAAGCAGAUGGUCAAGAUGCACAGGCAUAGCUGCGUAGGAUGCCAGAAGGUGUGGCGAAAGCCUGUAGUGCCACCGAUGGGUCAACUACCAGAUUACCGUACCCAGGGCACUCUACCAGCAUUCGCUCGGACGGCGGUCAACUAUGCAGGACCCUUCUAUGUCAAGAGAGGGCGUGGAAAGAGUCAGGAGAAGCGCUAUGUGGCGGUCUUCACAUGCCUGCUGUCUAGAGCAUGUCAUUUUGAGAUGGUAACAUCCCUGGACACUGAGGGCUUCAAGAUGGCUCUCACUCGGUUUUGCUGUCGUCGCAGAACGCCUCAGUUCAUCCUCACCGACAAUGGCGGCAACGUUGUCGCCACGGAGCGCGAACUGAGAGAGGCAGUGUCGCAGAUCAAUCAUGCCACGCUAACCGCUGACUUAGCCGGCCAAGGAGUGGAAUGGCGGUUCAACCCUCCGCGUUCCCCGCAAUUCUUAGGGGUGUUUGAAAGGAUGGUGCGCGCCAUGAAACCGGUUCUUCAGACGGUCCUCUAUAAGGCAGACUUGGCGGAGGAGAAGCUGUUAACUGCUCUUGUUCAGGCAGAAGCAGUAGUGAACUCGCGUCCCUUGCCAGUUGUUUCCGAUGACAUAGAUGAUCCCGAGCCGCUAACACCCGCGCACUUCCUGAUUGGCCAUACAUCAAUGACAGCGCCCCUGGAACACGUGGAGUCUGACAGCCGUAUCAACCCCCGACAUCGCUGGAAAGUUCUACAGAACCUCAUGCAGCAGAUCUGGAAGAGGUGGAUGAGGGAGGUUGUUGCACGUGCAAACCUCGCCACGAAGUGGCUUAAAGAUGCCGUCGAUCUCGACGUCGGCACAGUACUGAUCGUUGCUGACUCCUCGCUACCCCGUGCACGUUGGUCAUUGGGCAGAGUAGUAACCACAUACCCCGGCAGAGAUGGACGUGUCCGUGUGGUCGACAUCAAGGUGAGCGGCAAAGUCUACAAGAGAAGCGUUCACCAGCUUGUGUCGCUAGAUGUGGCUCCGACCGGUUAG